AUGAGUCGAAGUGUGAGAGACUUACGAGAGCUUAUCAAUGUAUCUCGAUUAUCUUAUCGCGAUGACGAUGAACUGGACGAAUUGUGUAACGAAUCGGAGGAGGAUUUUAGUGUUAUUCCUGUAGAGGUUUCACAACCUUCUCUUCCUAAGAGAAGCAAAGAUUUGGCUCCUUUGACCUUAGAUUCCAAAAAGAAACCUGUUAGUCCUCCUUUGAGCUCUGGUUCUUCAGGUAGGGGAUCUCCAUUACCUCCGAUAGGUGCUACUAGCAGCCCAACAAGCGGUAGUCCAUCUUCAUCUGGAAGGAGCUCUCCUGCAAGGCUUCCCCAAGAUGGAGUGACCGAGCGUGUGAUUUCGAUUUCAGCUCGGAAGAAAGACGUUAAACGAUCAAAACCUAAUUUUGACAACGUUUUGUUUUACAUGGAUUCGACUGUGGUAGGAGAUUGGCUUACAAAGGCAAAUGAUUCAAUCAAACAGCUGACAUCAUGGCUCCAUUGUGAUGACAAUUUCAUUCAGUUUGCACAUUUCUGGCUUUCAGAAAUGCCAAGGACUAAACAAAGGCAACUGAUAGAGAUGGAAUUCUCUAUUUUAUUGGAUGAACUGUACUUUGCUUUUGGUGCUGGUUUAAAAGGUGGAUCUGUUUCCCAUCAUGAUGUUAGCAGAUUUGUUGGAUCUGUCCUUUGGGAAUAUCCUGAAAAGUUUCAUAACUCUGAAACUAAGGAUUUCUUUCUAAACAUUCUCCUCUGUCUGUGCUCUGGUAGGAAAACAAAUUAUCGUACCCUGCUCUCAGAUGUACGGUGUUCGACAUCAACUAAAGAAUUUGUCCAACUUAUUUUAGCAACAAGAGCGUUUGCAAUAGCAAAUAUAUGUUCUGGGGCGUUAGAGUUCUACAAGAAUACAUUUCAGAAAACCAGCUACUCAAAAGCAAUGGACAAUUCAGUUGGCAGCAAAAGUCUUGUUUCAAUAGCAACUGAGUUUGCAUUCCAAGCAGUGCAAAAAAACCUUCCUGAUGUACUGGAUUAUUUAAUAAGGAACUACUCACUCAAUCACCAGACUCUGAAGGAUAAUGGGGGUAAAAGUCUGCUUUUCACAGCUGUGCUAAGUGGCAAUGAAGGAAUGCUUCAACAUUUGUUGAAGGUAAUUAGUAAUUUACUAACGUAAUUUAUGUGACCAGUGAACAAUAUUACUAGGCACAAAAGGGGCUCAAAAUUAAGAACGUCCUGAGGUCGCCUUUUGGCGACUAACUGUAGAAACAUAAUCGCCAGGUGCAAAUUUUUAGUUACCAGUUUGUAUAAUGUAAAUGACACAGCUCAUAGUAUCAGGGCUUCUGAUAUUAGAGACCAUUAGAUUCUAAGACGAGUAUGACAACAAGUAAGAGAUUUUCUCAGUACUAAGUUGUGCUUGUGUAUGAACCAGUGUCAUUUUGGCAGGAAAACAUGAGCCGUCGUCACUCUACUAUAAGUCUUAGCGAGAAUGUUGAAGUGGCGGAAACAAAAAAUCAAAUGUUAAAAGUUUUAUCAUUUUGCGAUCGGGAGAGGACGUAAACCCCUUCGCUAAAGAUAAUAGUGGUAACUUUUCUAGUGAAAAAUGGUAAAUGAAGCUUCCCAGGAAGUCUAUAUUUUGAGAAGGCUUGAAAAAAACUUUAAGUCAAAUCUUGUAAUCGUAGUUGUCCUCAUCCUUGAAUCUAAAGGUCUCUAUUGAAUUUCUCGGCUCUGCGACUGCACUAAAUUUUAGUGCAGUCGCAGAGCCGAGAAAUUCAGGUAAACCUGCGAAAUUCACAAAAAAAAUGCAAAAUGCUUCAAAAUUCACUAGAAAUCUUAUCAAAUACAUGUCAAUACAACAUAUUUGACACUUUUCUUGGCUAUGGGGCUGUUUAAUUGCUGUAAACUUGCAAAUUUAUCUCGAAACUUCAUCACCACAAUGAGCAAAGAAGGUCUCAAAACUACCAGGCGUAAAUUAUGUUGUGAAAAACUGGGCACUAGUCAUGAUAUUAAAAGCUUUGCCAUUGGCUCAUUUCUCGAGCGCUUUGUUGUUAAAAUAGCAAAUGUUUAUCUCUGUUAAAAAACAUUAAACACACUCGUCAAAUCAGUGCAAAAUCGAUUGAUUUCAAGUGAAAUUUGCCCAGAAAAUUCCCAUGAAAUCGGUCAUUUUUUACCAAUUGUUUUUCGGCAAAGUUAGCCCCAAAAAUUUCCGCAAAUCUGUCUCAGAAAAUCCCACAAAAUUUGCCUUUUUUUCGCGACCCAUCAGAAGCCCUGUAGUAUGGCACAAUCCGUCAGAUUUUACUGUUUGCAAAUAUCACGGACAGAAGUUGGUUUAAAUUGGGUGGUAAACUGGCUUUGUUUGUGCGAUUUGGCACAUUUUUUAUGACGAAAGCAAAGCAAAAUAAGAUGAAAUGUUUCUUUUAACUUUACCCAUUUAAUUUAAAUCUAAAUCAUAGGGAAACCAAGUCGCUAAAGUGGCGACUAAACCAGAAUUUUUAGUCAUCAAUGUUUGUUGCAUUGUCAACCGUAUCAGUCGCAAUUUCAAGCCCUGCACAAAGAAUGUGCCUCGUAUAUUUAUUUGAUUUUUGACCAGUCACCAGUCAGAUAUAGGAGAAAACAACAUAGUUUCUCCUGAGACUGCAGUGAACGUUUUCCUCCAAACAGACCUGAGUUUAACCUUUGGCACUGCGGGCCAUCAGUCUUUAAUUUUAAAGCUUAUAAACCUCAUCUAGAUAAAAUGUGUAAUAUAAAGCAGGACACAGCACAUUGGCCCAGAUGGGAAGACGGACAUGGGUAUACUAGUCUUCUGGUCACCAUCCAUGCAUGGAGGAUGCUCGUCACUUUCUUGAAACCCUAACAGCAUAUAUUUUAAAAUUAACCAGGUGACACUUACAAAAUUAAUUCAACAAAGCCAAAGACCAGGCUUCUAAAUGCUUUCCUCCAUUCAAGUAUGUGAAGAAAUACCCAUAAUACACCAUGUGUAUCCCCCCACGAAAAAAAAUCACAUAAUCAUUGUCUUCAGUUUCUCUUGGGAUGACUGUACUACCCAAGAGAAAUAAACAAUGGUUAUGCAAAAUAUUAGGGGGUAAACAAAGUGUAUUAUGGGCAAUAUGACAAUAGUGAAUGAACAAAAUAUUUAAGUCUUGCUCUGGGCUUGGGAUCGAUUUUUUUAUUUAUUUAGAUGCAGCCUAGAGUCGAUGUCAAUGAGACAUCUCCUUCAGGGAAUACACCCCUUCAUGCUGCAGUGAAUACUGGAAAUGUCAGCAUGGUGAAACUGUUAAUCAGUGCAGGAGCAAAACUUGAUGCAUGGAACCCUGAGUGUGAAGGUGCCACACCACUCCAUCUUGCUAUAAUGAGUGGUAAGUGCCUUGUUUUGAGAUACAACAAAUUAAAACACUGCGGCCUCAUUUUCCACCAUCACACACCCUUUGCUAGGGCAUCUGCUGAAUUUUUGCUGCCAAACGUUUCACUCUUACGUUGCUAUCCGUGCAGAAUGCUGUUUCUGAAAUAUAAACCUAACUGAUAUGGCUAAGCCCCACAAGUCCCCUUUAGAGGUGACAGGCGGAAAUUAGAAAUAGAAAUCAAAGGCUUUGGAUUGGUCUCAACUGCUGUUUGGAAAACUGAGAAGUUAUUUCCAAGUUCUCUUAAACUGCAAUGAUCAUAAUAUUCUUACUCAUUUAACUUAACUGUGGGCAGUACCUCUAAGUGGCUUUUUACAUCUCUUUCUCCAGGAAGUACUGAAAUGGUAUCAGCAAUGUUAGAAGCUGGAUGUGACACAUCUGUUAAAAUGGGAAUCCCUGCCACUGUAACACCAGUGAACCUUGCUACAGACUUAGGACUGGAAGAUAUCAUUGAGUUGCUAUCAAAAGCUAGUAUCUCUUGA